GUAUGCCGAAUGCUGUUCUCUUCGUCUUCCUUGUACUGCUUCCGCGAAACGAAGCUGACAGUCUUGUCACGCUGAUGUUUUUCUUCCUUUCGGUGAGCCUCGCGCCAAGCGUAUAAAACUCCUCCGCAGUUCAGCUGCGGCCUUCCACUCACCUCAGCGCCUUCGUCAUGCAGCGUGCACUGGUCGUUUUUCUAGCGGCGGUGGUCGGCGUGACCUUUGCGUUACCAAUCGGCAACGACAUAGCCGCCAAUGUGACAACGACAACGGCGGCCAGCAGCAGCAAGUUUAUUAUCGCCGGUGCAGCCUGCAACACCAUGGACGAAAUCAGGAGCGACGAUCCUUGUAAACCGUUGUGCGCUUGUAAAGAGGGCCGGAUAUUUUGCGCCGACAUUAUCUGUUCAACGGACACCUUGCCCAUGGAGGAAUGCUAUAAACUACCGCUCAACGGCAAAUGCUGUCCCAGUUAUCUGUGCACGGCCGGCAACGGGACGGGCGACGUGCACUAUCCGCUGCCGAUUCUGGUGGUGCCGCCGGAACUCAACCUGGCCUCCAUACCCAACUCCAAGAGCAACAUGCUGCACCGUCUCAACUGACCUUAACGUCAGCGCCAUCAUUUAACACACCGGCCUGGCCAAGGUUAAUGCGUCUAGGCCGUCGCGAAGACAGACGUGGCCAGCCGCUACAGCAAUAUCCUCUUUAACAUCAACCUCAUACAUCCGGCGCCGCUCCGCUCCACUUUUCCAUUGACAAGACGUAUUACGCACUGGAAAGUAUUUCCCACAAUUUAUUCACACGGCUUGGAUCAGAUUUUCUUUUCUGCGAUUUUAUUAACAUGUUGCCUUGAUAUACUUGACGCGCUUACAUUAUGGGUUACGUAUGGCAUUUACGAAACGGCGAUCUGACACCGUCGCUCGCCGGCUUGAUUAAUGUUUCUUCGUUCUGAUGCAGUAUUAUCAUAAUUAUUAUUACACACAAUAAAAAAAUAAGCAAUAGUUAUGAAUUUGAC